GAGGAUAUCUUGGUAAUCUUUAUCUGGUUGGAGGAUAGAUAAAAUGCUCUAACACAACUCCUGUCAGUAGAAUAUCUUGAGCAUUUCCUUUCGUAGAAUUAUCAAACUGCUCACAAACCAUAGUGAUAUGAUGUAACUCUAGCUGCAGCUGCAACUUAAGAGUUUGUUAUAUAAGAUGUUGUGUUUGAAACUGUGUGUACAGCUUGUGACAGGCUCCAGUUAUCAUAUACUGAAAUCAGGCAGAGACAUGCACACAGGGGCUUUGUUGAAACCUCCUUUCUUUUCAUGAUACAAAUUGCUCAGUAUAAGACGGACUUUCACAAUCACAGCCUGAAGCUUCUUGGUCGGAUCAGUGGCGAGAAAGAUUCUGCACAAAGAUGACACCAACAAACUCCAGCUUUGAUUUCUGGAAUUUUGCAGAAGAGCCGAUUGAACUGUGUAGAAGGGAUGAUGAUAACAAACUGGGAGCAAAUCUGUCUUACAUUUACUACUUCAUGUUUGUCUUCAGUGUUUUCACCAACCUGCUGGUUGUGGUUAUCAUCUACCGGUUCGAGAGGCUGGCCACUGUGAUCAACAUCUUGCUGGUCAACCUGGUGGCGUCCUCCCUGAUCUUAAUGAGCAGCCUUCCCUUCGUGGGUGUCUACAUGCAGAAAUCUGAUUGGAUUUUUGGCUCAGCUAUGUGCAAGAUCGUCUUCAGCGUCUACUACCUGGGUUUUUACAGUUCUGUUUUCUUUUUAACUCUGCUGACUAUUGAUCGCUAUGUUUAUGUUGUGUUUUCACUGACCUCAACAAAUGUUAGGAGUCAAUGUUACGCAGUCAUUUCCUGUGGAGUGGUGUGGGUGAUCAGUGGUUUGGCUUGCAUUAGGCCCAUGAUCCUCCAUGGAACCUUUAGGCAUUGGGGCAAAAUGCACUGUGAGGAGUUGGCCUUUAUUGAUGGGAUGAAUGUAGAGAAGCUCAACACGGCUGGAUUUUAUAUUCAGCUUUUUGUCUUCUUGAUCCUUCCUCUGGUUGUUAUCAUAUUUUGUUAUACUAGGAUUGUGAUCACCAUCAAAAAGUCCCAAUCAGGUUCUAAAUACCACGCAGUCAGGGUGAUGCUCAUGAUCUUAGUGUUGUUCUUCAUCUGCUGGAUCCCUCUUAACAUUGUAGAACUCCUGCAUUAUGAAUAUGAGUCUGGUUUGAGCUGUGAAGAUAAAAAGAGACUCGGUUACGCUCUUCAUGUCACCCGCAACAUGGCGUACUUUUACUUCUGCAUCAGUCCAAUCUUUUAUACGUUUAUGGAAAGGAAAUUCCAGGAGCACUUCAAACAGCUGCUGGUCAAAUGUUUCCCAGGCCUAAAGAAGCACAUUUUGGUCAACAAAGACAACAGAACAGCAAUUCCCACAGCAGGAACUGAAUACAGUGAUGGGAAGCAAAGCGUGUCUUUCUUAAACACUCCUGAAAACGCUCUCUGAGUUUACUUUUGUUUCCACUGAGUCAAAGGAAGGAGUAAACGUGGGGGGAAGGCUUUCAUGCUAAAAAACCACCCCGUGAUCGGUACGUGCAAGAAAAGGUUUCAUGGUAAUGGCAUUUCAUUUUGACAUAGUAACCGCCUCAAUAAAUUCUUUAAACAGAGCAUAAGUUGUCAGACUGUUCAGACUGAUAGCAUCUUUACAGGAAAAAAACUGCAGCUUUUUUCCCCUCCCUCUACAAGACUGAUAAAACACGGGUCAAUUUCAGUUUCAAGUAAAAAGGGAAGAAAAAGGAGAACAACGAAAUUGUUCAAUUUGAUAUUCCUUUGAAUUUCGUUAUUUUCCCUUUUUUCUCAUUUUGUAUGAUAAAAGAAGCAUCCUUGUCCUGUGUUUCUUUUCAAAUAAGGAAGCACUGAAAAAUGAGAAAUUCUCCAAAAGUUGAAGUUAAAAAAAUUUAAUAAUCAUCUAAUCAUUAUGAUGUAAAUUUGUACAAAAGCUUUGCAUUGUGUAGAAAUUGCUUGUCCUGAAAUUCAGAUGGAAUUGUUGCUAUGCAUAUAAGAUCAAUACUGAUAUCAUAGGAUUAGUAGUAUUAGUUUCACUUUUAUAUUUCAACUUUUGACGUUUUGAUACAGCCAAUGCGAUGCCUUAUGUAUUAUGACAUAGGCGAUGUUAGCUUGUUUUGAACAGAUGUGUCAUUUUUAAAUAAGAUCUUGUGUCAGUUUCCUAAACUCCAUUUUCUUGCAAAUGUUUUAGAUAUGGACUCCAAAAACAGUCCGCUAACAGGUGAAUUUUCCUCCCAAAAAAUUGGAGUAACGUUCCACUGAAAAGUCCGGAGACAUUUCCAGUCACUGUGGCCAAAUUACCGUACUGUGGUUUUGGUCGAGUGAUGAAUCAUUAGAUCUGGUCUUAAAAAUCCUGCUGAAAAGUGACAACAUGCCAUUUCAAAUCCUGUGAUUGUGUAUGCUUUCUUCCAGAACCUAUAAGAGGUCGAUUUGGGCAGUAAUGUGUUAAUAUGAUUUGUUCAGGGUGCUGGGAAACAACAAAGAUAUUGAUCGGAAUACCAAACUUAGUAUCAGAUUCAGAUAUGUUGCAACUGCGUGAGAAGCAGAUGUCAAUGGGGGAUUAUUGCACAACGUCAGCUUGCCCUGUCAGCAUUUUGUGACUUUGAAGGUAUUUUGUAAAUAUGCUAACCAAAGCUGUACAAAAAAAUAAAAAAAAUAAAAAAAUAAAAAAAUAGAUCAUCUUUAUUUUAAUUUUUAAAUAAUGAACAACUUUUACAAAUUAAAGACACACCAGCCUCUCCUCCCCCAUUAAAUCCUUACUACAGAAUCAGACACAAAAAGAAAUCAAGCAAAGCUGACUGAGUUUUCAGGCAGAGGAAACACAAAUGAGCAAAAAACUUUGUCAGAGCUGACAUGUUUGUGCUGUAAAUCUGCUGCAGUUAUAACUUAUGUCUGUUUUUAUAUGCAUAUUAUUCUUAGGUUUUUCUUUUCCUAUGAUAUGAGGGCAAUGUAAGUCUUACUUUAGAGUUACCAGGAUUACUUUACUGCACAAAAUGACAUGCAGUCUUCUAUGUAGAGCAUUACUCAGCAGAUAAUAUUACUGUAUACCCUGAUAUUAUUUAAUCAAAGCUUACUAGUGUAUUUGCGUACAUAACAGUAUAUAACUGGAUACCACCCUGCAUGUAUUUGCUUUUGUUUUAUGCUGCUGGAAUAUUGGUUGCAGAGAAUCUGGAGUUUGAAGUUAAAAAUGUAAUAACUUCAAACUCGUUAUGUUUUAAUUCUGUUUUUUUCUUUGACAUCUAGAAGUAAGAUUGAUCCAGCACCAUAAAAAGCCACAUGAUAAUAAUUUGUCAUUAUAUUCCUUAUGUUGUUCAUAUAUUUUACUCAUGCACAAUAAAUGUAUUGCUUUAAAAAAUAA